UCUGUUCUGAUGACCCCGCUUGCUACGGGUUGUGGGAUGGUGAGCUCCACGCGUUGGGCGGAGCAGACUGUCAUCGCUAUGAAGUACUUCGUUGAAGCGGUCGAGAAGCCGGAGGUGUGGAGGCGUAUGACUUGGGAGGACGUGUUCCGGAAAGAGGUCGAGCUCAAUGCAACUUGGGAGACUGGUUGUGAGUUAGUGACUGUUGUGGAAGUGCUUGGUUCAUGA